AUGGCGGCCGAGAGCGUGGGCCUGGCCGCCUCGGUUGCCGGCCUGCUAUCUCUGGGCUUGCAGAUCGCCGGCGGCAUCGUGAAGUAUGUGGACGCGUUUGAGGGCCGUGACGAGGAAUUACGAAACGUCAAGAAACAGAAUGACAAUCUGGCAGCCACUCUCCGUGCGAUGAAGACGGUGUUGGCUGGUCUGCAAGGCCAAAGUCUUGUAGUCACUGCUGCAGUGGAUCGGAACAUACGAAGCUGCGAGGAGGACCUUCACGCCGUCGAAGCUCUGUGCAUCGAGCUUUCUGAUCGCGCUGGCAGCAGUUGGACAAACCGGCUGGAGAACAAGAAGAAGAAGGCGACUUUUGCGUUCCAUCGACCCAAGCUUCGAGAUCUCGAGCUGCGGCUGCAAGAGGCUCACGGUACUCUGCAGUUGAUACAGGGUAGCUUGGGACUGGAAACUCUGCACAGGAACACAGCCCUGCUGGCGGCUAUCGAGUCGAGUUCUCGCGACCAAGCUUCUGAAAUGCUCCUAAUCCGGUCAGGGGUAGCAGCACUUGCUACGCCGGUGGCCGGCAUUGACAGCAAGCUGCUAGACCUACAAAGUAUUGUGGACCAGACAGGACAACUUGUUGUGGCUCAUUCCGGAGCUAUCGAAAUCGAGGUUCACGAGAGCAGCCAGCGUGUCAGAUAUGACCUUCAGCAUUCACACAACUCGAUUUUAGAGCGCCUCAAGACAAUCGACCACAAAGUACAGCUUCUGGGAGAAGAGAACAGUAAUCUACGAGCAUUAGCUCUCAGAGCGGCCUCCAAGCCGGCGGCACUCAAGAGUUUGUGCGAUGACAUGAAAUUGUCAAGAAAGCGCUGCAACCCAGGCAAUGCUUCACAACUAUCGAAGAGCCAUCGGGGGGAAAGAACUUCAUCAAAUCCACCACGAAACUCACGGUUUGGAUUGGGAGUUGGCAGAGUAUGCAUUUGCCCGCACCCCAAAAGAUCAUUCAUGCAAACGCAGAUGCAGCGGGGCUAUACGUACUUGUCCGGCGAAUGGGAGUCCCAAGGCCAUUGGUCGAGCUGCCCACUCUCAAGAAUGCCGAGGAAUCAACGACUCAAGGCAGGCGUAAAAUACACUGGUGUCUCUCGCCUUCUGAAAUCAGUCAUCGAAAUUUCGUUCGUCUUAACGUCAGGAGCUGGGGGCUGUAGCAUCAGUCCCAGCUUUACCUACUAUCCGACUGUAGACGUCAAGUCGGAUUCCGCUUUCCGCUUGAUGGGCCUGAUGAGGAGAAGCUCCGUCCACCUUCAUGGGUCAAGUAGAGAGCUAUUUCCCACCGCCUGUUUGAGAAAGCUGGCAAAACUUCUCGAAGAAAGACGAACAUACCCGACUGCUGUAGACGAUCAAAACAUGACCUUGAUGCACUAUGCUGCCGCUUCCGUGAGGUCUUUAGUCAUAUCUAAUACUGCGUAUUCGAGAAGAUCGUCUAAGGAGAUGAAAACGCUUGCUGAAAUCGUCCCGAUUCUGCUCUCAUAUGAUUGGGCCGAGGACGCCGUUCUGGCCCUAUCACGGGCUAACUUUGAAAACCAGCCGGCCAUGUUGAAAAGGACGUCAAAAAUCUCUAAAUUCACGAACUUCUCGAUUGCGGUACAUCGUAGUCUCAUGUCUUUUGGCAAGCUCCCUGAGGUUGCGACAGCUUUUGAAUGCGGCCCUUUGAGCAUGGCGAUUGUCAACAAUGAUUCAGAUGAAGUAGAUCGUAUCUUGAGACGGUUUCCUGAUUCCAUAGCUGAACUUGAUUUAUACGGGCGAAGCCCACUUCAUCUCGCAGCAGCGAAGCCUGAAAUUCUCAAAAGGCUCGUAAAAGCUGCGGAUCUGAUCACCCUGAACCAGCGAGACAGCACAGGUACUAAUGCACUUGAAACAGCCAUGGUGCUUAGCUCACUGUAUUGCGUCAAUGGCACAGAAUAUGUAAGGUGCAGAGAGUGUUCUUGCUAUCUCUGCGCGAAGAUUCUCCUAGACGCUGGUUGCGAUUUAGUGCCAAUGUCUGUAAUGCCGGGUACCCCUCAUUAUCCGCUACAUCUGAGUGAUGUCCUGGAGGCCUCAUCAGAGCUCGCUCGGCGUCAUUACAUCUUCCAAAUGAGCAAACGCCGAAGGCUGCAGAGAACAGGACAUGUUUUGACAAAUAGAAGUCUAUCCACAAAGCAAGAAGUCGGCGAAGAGAGGACGACAAGCGACAUCCAAAGAGGCAUCUCACAGGCCCCAAGACAGCGGCGAAUCUACAAUGAGGCUGAAGAAGCCUUAGAAUCUAUGUCAGACUGGAUAUUUCAGCAAAUCUGGUCUGUCCACCUGGCCCAGUUGUUCUAUAGGCAUGGAUUCAUACCAAAGCCAUCUGUGUUUCUCCAGCUUCUCCAGUCGAGGACAUCCUCACUUUGGAAUAUACUUACUCCGGAGAUUGUUUGCUGGCUUCUGGAGCAUGGAGGAGAUCUCUUCUUGCGAUCGCCCGCAGGCCUUGUCAACGAGACCACCGAUGACGGAGUGUUCGCCGCGCACUGCGUUUUUUACGAAUUAGGCAGAAACCAAUGUCUAUGGUUGCCAAGACAUAUAGCGGCGGCUCCAGUGUCGGCCAUCUUCGAAAGAAUCACUGUGACCUGCCUUAAUCUUACGGACGGCUGCUGCUGUCCCUGUUCGACAAAAGGGUGCAGCUCAUUUACGUGGUUGAUGAAGGGCUUCGCUACAUAUAGAAUUGGAUCAGCAACGCCAGAGCAAGCAUGCUUAGAUCACGCUAGCAGGAUAGCUGAUCACUUCAUGUCAUGCGGUCCCGAGUUGACACUCGCAACUUAUGAAGAGGCCAUUAGGUUCAUGACAUUUGAAGCACUGGACCUCUUUCACAGCUGUUGCAGCACACAUUCCGUGGUCGAUGAGGGUGCGACUUGGGUUGACAUAGAUGAUACGGAGGUCAUCGAAGAGCAGGGUCUCCUCCUCGAGUUGCAUGAAGAAUUGGUUGUAGAAUUCACUCGUGAAGCUAGGGAAUAUCUGGGAGAUGGGCCAAAUGGUAGGAUAUUGUCCACUCAGUUUUGGAGGUCAUACUGGACCGAUCGAAUGACGGAAGAGUUAAAAAAGCUGAAUGGGGGAGACUUGACUGCUACAGAAAGACGGGAUGCAGAGGAGAUCGGCGUUAUAUGGGACGAACCAACCGAGGGCGACGAGGGCGACAAAUGCAAAGGUGGGAAUCAAUACGACCGUGGUGAUGUGGAGCACUACUGGUUUGAGUUGGAUCUCAUCUGCCCCGAGUACAAUGAGCCAUGGCCAGAGGGAUUGCGCUGCAUUCAUUGA